AUGCCGAAGAAAUUGUUGAGGGCAUAUGUAGUGGAUUGGGAGAAGUGGAUAGAACUGAGCAUGACGCCUGAAAUUGCCGACUUUUUUAAAGGAUUCUUGAUCGCUGCUGAACUGUGGUCAUAUGGCCUGGAUUGCUCGGGCAGGUUUGAACCGGAGGGUACGGUAGGAGAUAGGCUCGUAUCUCGACAGCCUGAAUUACAUAUUCGAUGGUAUUUGUUAUUAUUAUUUAUAUUAUUGUUAUUAUUAUUAUUAUUAUUACUAUCAUUAUUAUCAUACUGUUAUCAACAACUCGCAAGUAAUUUCACGGUUGUUUCAGACAUACUUGAUUUGUUUAUUAUUUCUUUAUCGGAUCUGUCUGAUCAGAGAGAUCUCUUGAAACGAACAAUUAAAUGUUAUGUAACGUUUUUAUGA